GGCAGUGAGUACGAUGAGGAGGAGGUGGAUUACGAGGAGUCGGACAGCGAUGAGUCCUGGACCACGGAGAGCGCCAUUAGCUCUGAAGCCAUCCUCAGCUCCAUGUGCAUGAACGGAGGCGAGGAGAAGCCUUUUGCCUGCCCAGUUCCCGGAUGCAAAAAGAGAUACAAGAAUGUGAAUGGCAUAAAGUACCACGCUAAGAAUGGUCACAGAACGCAGAUUCGUGUCCGCAAACCAUUCAAAUGUCGUUGUGGUAAGAGUUACAAGACAGCUCAGGGCCUGCGGCACCAUACAAUCAAUUUCCAUCCCCCGGUGUCGGCUGAGAUUAUCAGGAAAAUGCAGCAAUAACAUGCUGGUCAUAACUGUGCCAAGAAACCCUCACCAGCAGUUGCUGAUUUUGAAAACAGCCACCUUUUUUUCAGGGGAAGCAUUCAGCAACCCUUUAAAGAAUUAAAUGCAUGCUUUAAAAUUU